GGCGUAAACUGCGCUCUCCGGCUUUCGGCGCUUUGAAGUAUUAAUUGAUCUGCGGUUGGCACAGGCGGAGGAACAAGUGCUGAAACAGGAUACUUCCACUUGUUGUCUCUUCCGAUCUUCUCAAGGUUUCUUACCCACCUGGACACACCAAGCCCCAAGUGGUCAGCCAUGUGCAAAAUAAGUUAAAGAAAACCUCCAAGGAAACGGGAUUAAAAAUAAAAGCUGUAACCCAGCACUACCCUGUCUGUGAUAGUUGAUUAGGCGGCAGAGAGCAGCCAGGUUCCUGGAGCAAUUUCGUCGCUUAAAUCGCUUCAAGGCUUUUUCUGUUUCUUAUUUGCCCAGCCUAUAAGUUUUGAUCGUUCUCGCUACAGAACGGUAGAGAGCUAGAAGUCGGCUUCUGCGCCGUGUCCAAAUAUUGGAUUUUAACUACUAUCCACUUGCUGGGGUGCCUCAUUGUACCGUGCCCAUAAAGUAAUUGAAGAAUCUGUUAAUUAAUUUAGUGAGGAUAGUCGUCAAAACUUGCAGUGGACACAUAAACGUCGGAGUUUUGUUACAUCACUGUAACAAAAGCUUUGGAAAUCCAUAAAUCAGUGUCAAUGACUGCUAAAAGUGAUUAAGCAUUUGCAUACACGUUAAAGUUAAAGGUGAUUACGUUGUCCGCUGUGCCAGACUUGAUAAAUCAGAGAAGAGCUGAGGGAAGCGCUCCCCUUCCCACUGCUGCUGCGCCUACCUGGCCGUAAUUUCAUUACGUACUUAGCAACCGUCCCUCUUGGGCUCAACGCAAUACGUUGCUGCUACGCUCGUUACAACCAGCCUGGGCCCUAUCGAGUUCCUGGUUACCAUCUCGCCAUCAGUUCGGCGUCUGCGACGUCCCCUGGGGGAGGCCUUGCAGUCUCGGGCCCUGAGAGUCUGAGAGUUAAUCUAUGCAGGUUGUUUACCGUCGGUGCAGACGUUAAUGACCCUCACUGCUCAAAACGACUAACUGCUCUCAUCGGAAUACUUCGUUUCCUCAUUACGCCUGUAAUUACCCCCCCCCCUUCUAAAACCAUUACCACCCCCUCCUUCUAUAGCGGCGUUCAGAGCGAAGUGCAGACUGCGCCGUGCCAUAAAUACAAGAAUAGGGUUAUCAUCCCUGAGCUUCGCGUGAAUACAACUAACAAGAUAUAUUGUACAAAGUUUUCGGCAUAUAUAUUUCUUAUAAAACUGCUGGGCAUCUCAUUUUGGAAUAAGCAGAAAGAUUCACAAGCUGAUCGCCAGAAGCCACAUCUAGCUCAGUGAAAGUUUCACUAAUAAAAUUUAGAAUCUGAUUCAAACAACGUUACACCGUUGCUGUCUUCAAUAAUAUUACUGCGUGUACUUUACUUCCAUUCCCUAAAAGGCAGUGAAAAUUCUUGGACGAGAAGACCUUUAACCAGAAGCAUAUUACUCAUCGUACAGAGGCUAUAGACUAUACGUUGACUCCGUAAACUCUCGUCAUCCCGAGAAUACUCGGUAUCUGAAAGCAGCCAAUAUGGCGAACAUAUCUGAGGGUAUCACGUUCAACUACACCCACGAUCAUGUGGGUAACUUCGUCACCGCGGAUAUGCCAGUGGAUUUCUCCAAAAUGGAGUACCCUUUGCCCAUCAAGUACAAGCCUGUGUGGGAGAUUGUGGUGAAAACGCUCUUCUACGUCCCAGUCAUCGUCUUUGCCAUCAUCGGAAACAUCAUCACCAUCGUGGUCGUCGCCAAGAACAAGAGGAUGCAAACUACAACCAAUUACUACAUCGUGAACCUGGCGGUUGCGGACUGUCUAGUGACCUUGAGCUGCUCGUGGGCUCACCUUGUGGAUGACCUGACGCCCUUCUGGAUUCUCGGCUCCUUCUUCUGUACCUUCAACACCUUCUCCCAGGUGCUCACCCUGCUGGCUAGUAUCUUCACGCUGACAUUUAUAGCAUGUGACCGCUUCUUCGGCAUUGUGUUCGCCAUGAAGGCGCACUUCAUUGAGCGCAGAGCUAGCUUCACCAUCGUACUCAUCUGGCUUCUCUCGAUUCUCGUCGCCUCGCCCCUCAUUUAUUACAGGAGGUACCAAGAGGUCCAGUGGCUUGACGUGACAGAGACCUGGUGUGAUGACCAGUGGCCGCUGUAUGUGUACACAAACUCUGACGGCCAGAUAGUGUCCGAGAGUCCGGCCCGCCGCUUCUACUACAUGUUCAUCUGUGUGGCGCUCUUCUUUCUGCCUUGCCUCAUAAUGGGUGUGGCGUAUUUGGUUAUCAUUCUGACCUUGUGGUCAGCGCAGGUGCCCGGUGAGCGUAUCAGCAAGGAUAUCAAGUCACAGACUAAGAUGAGGAAGAGGAUCGUUGUCAUGUUGGUUGUCAUCCUAACCAUCUUCAUCAUUUGCUGGACCCCUCUCGUCGUCUGUCUCAUUUAUUCUGAGUUCGUUCACCCAAGCCAAAACCAGGGUUUCAGAAUCUCUAUCGCGGAGGCGACAGGCGAGCUCGCUACAACACAAUGGUAUCCAGAGUGGAUUCCUUCCAAAGCUCAACUCACAUGACAAAGGUUUGACCUCCAGACCCUCCAGACGGUCGAGCAAGAAAUUCUACGACAACUUGGAGCUGAACAGCACUCACGAUCGAUAUACACAGCGCGUGAAAGACUAAACGCCUCUCUCCGGUAUCUGAUCGGAAGUGCUGUCAAUUGGCAGAUUUUGAUUCAAGCAUGUGCGGACCGACGUAUUGGGGAGCAUGAAGGAAUUCUUCCUGUAUGGCUCUGAUUAUUUCCAUCUGGAAUAAGCAAGUUGAAAGGAACGAUGGUCUGUGCAAAAUGAUAAUAUGCGUGUGUUGAAACGAGCAGGGCUGAGUGUUACAAUGUUAUUUAAUACGCCUGCACAGGUGCUGUUAGGAAUUCUUCAUAAAGAUAAUAAUUUGUUUGUCAAUCUGUCUCUCUCAGCAAUUUUUCAAAAAAUAGUUAUUUGGGGUAUAUCAAAAAACGAUAUAAAAAACAAGG